CAGAAGAUCGAAGUGUGAUUAUACAUAAAUUCAACGUCAAUCACCACUCAUACAAAUAACCAUGAAUGAAUAGUCUAUUUUUACCGAACAAGAAAUACUAGUACAAUAAUUUUAACAAAACUAGCCGUUUGUGAUUUUAAGAAGAGUUUCUUUUCACCUGACAAUUGUCUUCACAGUUUCUGCUCCCUCUCUCUCUCUCUCUUCCCAACACAAGAUUCCUCAAUACCCCGCGCCCCACUCACUCUUUCUUAUGACCAUCAAUCACGUGCUUCUUCUUCUCUCUCUCUCUCUUCCCCAUUACAAAACCAUCUUCCAUAACUCUUCUUCUACUGUUUCAUUUCUAUGAUCUUUCUUUUUUCACUCUCUUCUCUCACAUUUCAAAUACAGUAGUGUCUUUAAGGACACUAACAACAACACACACCAUAUUUUGCAACUUGGGAUUGGGAUGACUAAUGCAGCAGAAAGACACUAUUUUUACAGGCUAUUUUUCAUUUUCAUCAUCUGGGUCCAUUUUAUAACGAAUCCAGUUUCAUGUGAAGAGCGUUGGGAUGGAGUUGUUGUAACACAGUCAAAUUUCCUCGCACUUCAAGCCUUCAAACAGGAGCUAAUUGAUCCAAAAGGGUUCUUGAAAACAUGGAACGACAGUGGCUUUGGAGCAUGUUCAGGAGCUUGGCUUGGAAUCAAGUGUGCUCAAGGACAAGUCAUUGUGAUCCAGCUUCCAUGGAAAGGGUUAAAGGGACAAAUCACUGAUAGGAUAGGUCAACUUCAAGGUCUCAGAAAGCUUAGUCUUCAUAACAACCACAUUACUGGUUCAAUCCCUUCAUCUUUAGGACUUCUCGUUAAUCUAAGAGGACUUCAGCUCUUUAACAACAGGUUAACAGGUUCAAUCCCUUCUUCAUUAGGUUCUUGUCCUUUGCUUCAAUCUUUAGACUUCAGUAACAAUUUGCUCACAGGAACAAUCCCUGAGAGUUUUGGAAAUUCCACUAAGCUUUAUUGGCUUAACUUGAGCUUCAAUUCUUUGUCUGGUUCAAUACCAACUAGCUUAACUAGUUUGAAUUCUCUCACUUUUAUGUCCCUUCAACACAAUAAUCUCUCAGGUUCUAUUCCUAGUUUGAAAAAUGGAUUAAUUAGCCUUCAAAAUCUUGUCUUGGAUCAUAAUUUCUUGACGGGAACCAUUCCUGGUUCUUUAGGUGAUUUAAGGGAGCUUAGAGAGAUUUCUCUUAGUAAUAACCAUUUUAGUGGACACAUUCCUCAAAGUAUUGGAAAGAUUUCAAAUCUUAAACAGCUUGAUUUGUCACUGAAUAAUCUCAGUGGAGAAAUUCCUGUCUCAUUUGACAAUCUACUUAUUCUUAGUUUCUUCAAUGUUUCUCAUAAUAAUCUCUCCGGUCCUGUUCCAACUUUACUAGCACAGAAAUUUAACUCAAGCUCAUUUGUGGGAAAUGUUCAACUGUGUGGUUAUAGUCCUUCAACUCAAUGUUCCUCUCCGGCCCCUUCGGAAGGAGAAGGCGCACCUUCUGAAGUAUCGAAACAUCGGCAUCAUAAGAAACUUGGUACUAAAGAUAUAAUCCUAAUUGUAGCAGGAGUGUUACUUGUAGUCCUGAUAACAGUGUGCUGUAUCCUGCUCUUCUGCCUGUUCCGGAAGAGAAAAACAUCGAAUGACGAAGAGGGGCACGUUACUGCGAGAUCAGGAGCGGCUUCUGCCAGGGCAGGAAAAGGAGUCCCUCCUAUCGGCGGAGAAGUUGAAGCGGGCGGUGAUGCGGGAGGCAAACUAGUACAUUUUGAUGGACCGCUCGCUUUCACGGCCGACGAUCUCUUGUGUGCAACUGCUGAGAUAAUGGGAAAGAGCACCUAUGGAACAGUGUAUAAGGCAACAUUAGAAGAUGGUAGUCAAGCUGCAGUGAAAAGAUUGAGGGAAAAAAUCACUAAGAAUCAGAGAGAAUUUGAAUCUGAAGUUAGUGUUCUAGGAAGAAUUCGACACGAAAAUCUUUUGGCAAUGAGAGCCUAUUACUUAGGACCAAAAGGAGAAAAGCUUCUGGUUUUUGAUUACAUGCCUAAAGGAAGUCUUGCAUCAUUCCUACAUGCUCAUGGACCUGAAACAAGAAUUGAUUGGGCAACAAGGAUGAACAUAGCACAAGGCAUGGCUCGCGGCAUGUUAUACCUACAUUCACACGAAAACAUCAUACAUGGGAACCUAACUUCAAGCAAUGUGUUACUUGAUGAGAACACAAAUGCCAAAAUAGCAGACUUUGGUCUAUCAAGGUUGAUGACAACAGCUGCUAACUCUAACGUGAUUGCUACGGCCGGUGCGUUAGGAUACCGAGCUCCCGAGCUAUCGAAGCUAAAGAAAGCGAACACGAAAACCGAUGUAUACAGUCUUGGUGUAAUCUUGUUAGAACUACUAACAAGAAAGCCACCUGGUGAGGCAAUGAAUGGUGUUGAUUUACCUCAAUGGGUUGCAUCUAUUGUUAAAGAGGAGUGGACAAACGAGGUUUUCGAUGUUGAUUUGAUGAGAGAUUCAUCAACAAAUGGCGAUGAGUUGUUGAACACUUUGAAACUUGCUUUGCAUUGUGUUGAUCCUUCUCCAUCAGCACGACCGGAAGUUCAGAUGAUACUUCAACAGCUUGAAGAGAUUAGACCACAGAUGAUAUCAUCAGGCAUUUCUAGUGAUGAAGGAGCCAUUCCUACAAGUGAAUAAAUUGCAUCAUGUGUGUCACAACUUUUGCAUUGUUUAGGAUAGUGUUUUUGUUAUUCUUUCAUUCUUAUUUAUUGAUUACAUUUUUUUGCAUGUUUGAGUGUGUAUGUAUGUACAUACUAAUGUAUUUUAAUUCAGUGAGUGUUUCCUCUUUAACACUUCAUCGUUUCAUAAUGGAAAUUAGCUUGUUCAA